AUGACAUUGUGUAGGGAGGACGAAAACGAGUUGAAACCAGUUCUCGAAGAUAUGAAGAAAGAAAACGGAACUGGAGAGACGAGUCUAUGGACAUUAGCAAAAUUAGUUUCGGUGAUGGGAGAAUUUGAUCUCGCUGAACAGUACUACAAACGUUUGCUACCGGAAAUUUUAUCCAGUAAUGAUCCAUCACUUCGUAAUGUGUAUGCUGAUCUUGCUGUGAUUGCAUCACAGAAAAAAAAAUAUAGUGAAAGUAUGAAAUGGCGUAUAAAAUCAACGAAACUCAAACAAGCAGUUCCAGAAUUCGAUAGCAUCGCGAGCGGUAUAUUACAUGACUACAUCCCAAUUGUCAACAGUGACCUGGAACUACAAGAAAGUAUUGGUGUCGGAACCUUUGGUACAGUGUACAGAGCUACAUGGAAAAGUAAACAUUAUACAGUUGCUGUUAAAAGACUGAAUCUUACACAUUUAAAUGACAAAGCGGAGAAAAUUUUUUUUAAAGAGCUUUCAUUAUUGAACAAUAUUCGUUUUCCUAAUAUUAUUAGCUGUUAUGGUGCAUGUACGGAAAUCGGAAACUAUGCAUUGGUUAUAGAAUAUAUGGCGCUAGGAUCAUUGCACAAGAUAUUACAUGAAGACAAAAAAACAUUGAACUGGCCCGAAAAAUUAUCUAUUGCUUUUCAAAUGGCUAGCGGAAUCAAUUAUUUGCAUACACAGAAUAAUCCUAUUUUACACGGUGAUAUAAAAUCAUCGAAUUGCUUGAUUCAAAGAGCUCACGGUGGGUACAUGGCUAAGUUGUGUGAUUUUGGUUUAGCUAAAACAAAAAAAGAAAUGAUGCGUCAAACAGUAUCAAAAUCUGCAUUCGCUGGCACACUGCAGUGGGCUGCUCCUGAAAUACUUCGUGCCGAGCGCUACACGUUGAAAGUUGAUAUAUACAGUCUGGGUAUAGUUUACUGGGAACUUGCUGCGACCAAGAGACCUUAUGACGAUUUCGAAGAACUGGCAAUACGACCAUAUGUGCUCGCUAAUGAACGACUGGAAAUACCAGAUAGUACGCCAUCCAAAUUCAAAAUGCUUAUCGAUGAAUGCUGGUCACCACAUCCAGACACCCGACCCGAAAGUUCAGAACUUGUCAAAAUACUUGAAAGCAUUUUACCACAGGGUAAUUAUCUAGUAGCGUCUGUUCCAUUCAACGAAAAAGUAUUAAAUAAAAUACCACGCAAUGAUGAUUCAUCAUCUCCUGCAUAG